UUUCGAUAUUCUCGAAGCAUCGUACACCUGAGAGGUCUCCUAAAAUCUUAUAAUCUGACAAAAGCUAAGAGUUUUUUUUUUUUUUUUUGUGUUUGGUCCGAAGGAAGAAAAACAAGAAUGACCGAUUGGGUUGAUCUGGGAUUAGGUUCUGUUGCGGGAGCUUUGGUCUCCGAGGCUCUGAAACUUGUGAUCGAAGAGGCAAAGAAGUACAAAUCCUUCAAACCCUUGUCCAAGGAUCUCGUAUCAACGAUGGAGAGACUGCUUCCAUUGACCAAAAAGAUCGAUUCAAUGCAAAAUGAGCUAGACCUUGGUUCAGGGGAGCUAAAGCAACUAAGGGAAACGAUCGAAAGAGCUCGUGUUCUGGUUCUCAAGUUUCCAAGCGUCCGGUUCUACGAGAAGUCUAAAUACACCAGAAAAAUAGUGGAAAUCAAUGAAGAUUUGGCCAAGUUCUGUGACAUUGAUCUACAGCUUCUUCAGUACAGGAACCAGUUGACGUUGCUGGGUGUGGCGGGAAACCUUGUGGAUAAGGUUGACGGUUUAAGUAAGAGAAUGGACGGAUUGAUGAGUGUUCAUGUCCCUGUUUUUAGAGAUCUUUGUUCGGUUCCUAAGCUUGAUAAGGUGCUCGUUGGAUUGGAUUGGCCUUUGAUGGAGCUUAAGAAGAGACUCCUUGACGAUGCAGUGGCUAAUCUCGUGGUCUCUGCUCCUCCUGGGUGCGGGAAGACCACGCUAGCUACUCAGCUUUGCCACGACGCAGAUGUCAAAGGGCAUUUCAAGCAUAUCUACUUUAAUGUUGUCUCAAGUACUCCUAACUUUAGGGUCAUAGUACAGAAUCUACUUCAGCACAACGGCUACGCUCCACAUACGUUUGAGAACGACUCUCAAGCAACCGUUGGCUUAAGGAAACUGCUGGAGGAACUCAGAGAAGACGGUCCUAUAUUGUUGGUGUUGGAUGAUGUGUGGCGAGGAGCCGAGUCCUUGCUUCAGAAAUUUCGAAUUAACUUGGCAGAUUAUAAGAUCUUGGUGACUUCUCGGUUUGAUUUUCCGAGUUUUGGUUACAACUAUCGUUUGAAACCUUUGGAAAAUGAAGAUGCCAGAGCCCUUCUGGUUCAAUGGGCAUCACGGCCUGUUAACACAUCCCAAGCUGAGUACGAAGAUCUUCUCCAAAAGAUACUGAAACGCUGUAAUGGAUUCCCAAUUGUUAUUGAAGUAGUUGGCGUUUCACUUAAAGGACGAUCUCUAAAUACGUGGAAAGGGCAGGUGGAAAGCUGGUCUCAAGGGGAAACUAUUCUUGAUAGUCCUUCUCAGCCUACUGUGCUGGAAUGUCUUCAGCCUAGCUUCAAUGCCCUGGAACCUAAUCUGAAGGAGUGUUUCUUGGACAUGGGAUCGUUUCUCGAGGACCAAAAGAUACGUGCUUCUGUAAUAAUUGACAUAUGGAUGGAACUAUAUGGUAAAAAUAGUAGUAUCUUGUGCAUGAAGUACCUUGAAGACCUUGCCUCUCAGAAUCUACUCAAACUUGUUCCUCUAGGAAAUGAGACAGAAGAUGGUUUCUACAAUGAGUUCUUAGUCACUCAACAUGAUAUCCUCAGAGAGUUGGCUAUACGUCAAAGCGAAUUAAAGGAGAACUUGGAAAGAAAAAGACUAAACUUGGAGAUAAGAGGGGAUACAUUUCCAGACUGGUGUCUGAAUGGACCAAGACAUCCUGUUGUUAAUGCCUCUAUGUUGUCUAUCUCUACAGAUGAUAUGUUCUCAUCAAAUUGGGUUGAAAUGGAGUUCCCCAAUGUGAAGGCUUUAGUUCUUAAUCUCUCUUCACCGGAUUAUGCAUUACCAAGCUUCAUUACUGGAAUGACUAAGCUCAAAGUUCUGACAAUAACAAAUCAUGGUUUCUAUCCAGCAAGAUUGAGAAACUUCUCCUGCCUCAGCUUAUUACCAAACCUGAAACGGAUCAGACUGGAGAAAGUUUCAGUCACUUUGCUAGACAUUCCCCGGUUGCAACUCGCCAGUCUCAAGAAGUUGUCUCUGGUCAUGUGUAGCUUCGGUGAGGUUUUCUAUGACUCUGAAGAAAUAGAUGUCUCUAAAGCUCUGCCUAGUUUACAGGAGAUUGACAUAGACUAUUGUUAUGAUCUCUAUGAGUUACCUUAUUGGGUUUCUGAAGUUGUUUCAUUGAAGACACUUAGCAUAACAAACUGUAACAAGCUCACUGUACUUCCUGAAGCUAUAGGCAACUUGAGUAAACUCGAAGUGUUGAGGGUGAGCUCUUGCAUUAAUCUCUCUGAGCUGCCUGAAACGACUGAUAGACUCAGUAACUUGCGGUUUCUGGAUAUAUCUCAUUGCUUAGGAUUGAGAAAGUUGCCUCUAGAGAUUGGGAAGCUAGAGAAGCUGAAGAAGAUAUCGAUGAGGAAGUGUUGGAGAUGCGAGUUGCCAGAUUCAGUGAGGGAUCUAGAGGAUCUGGAGGUCAAAUGUGAGGAAGAAACUAGGUUGGUCUUAUGGGAAAGGUUGAUGCCAAAAAUGAGAAAUUUGAGAGUUCAUGAGGAGGAAACAGAGCACAACCUCAACUUGCUUCAAAUGUUUUAAUGUUAUGAGGGAAAUAGCAUUUUUCAUAGCUUGUUUCUGUCUUGUAAAGUUGUAAUGUUGUUAUUCUCACCAUCCAUAUGUAACUAGAAAAUGUUAUUUCACAGUACAUAUUUGAUAUGAUUUCUUUUCAGUAA